CGCAAACCCGUCGCAGUCGUUCUCAUCUCUCGAUAUGUCCGAUUCUCACAUCCGCACCUGCUCCGGGCUCACCGGCCCAGCCUAAAUACGCCAUGACCCCAGAAAUACAGCAUGUACCAGCAAUCGAAGCCAUGAUUGGCAAUCGCCUUGCCCAACGGGCUGGAUCUCACGAAGAGCGCGAAUCAUCUGCCUCUGGAUCGCAGUCGUCUGUCCAUACACCAAAAAAGUCGAAGGCCCGGUCUCUCUCCGACUCCACGCCGCAGCCCCAGCUGUCACCAUCUCCCAAAUUCCGCGAAGCGCUCCGCACUUCCAAAGAUGAUCACACCAUCAUCUCCAGUCCGCGCACCCCCAGGCGACCGGAUCUUCUCUCCAGAGGGCUCUCUCUACAGAUGCCACCACGGGACAUGCCCAUGCCCAGUCCCGCCCAUUUUGCAGCGCGCGUUCCGCUGUCUCCGCAGCUAGAUUCGCGCAACACCUACGCCUCUCCGGCAUCGCUCCUCCCACGGCGGUCGCGGGGCGCUGAAUUCUCAAGAGCUUGCACCAAUCUUCACCACUCGACCCUCGCGGACCAGUCUUCGCCGGACUCGUCUCCGACGAUUACACAGAAAGGGAUGAUGAUACCGUCAAGAAAGCCGCGCGCGAACUCUAUGUUGCUAGACUCGCCGAAUGUGAACUCGUACCAUCCUUGGAGUGGAAAUGGCAACAUGGAUCGGAUGGCAGCUUCCAGUUCUGUAGGCAGCAUCAACAUGCUUGGCUCAGACUCGUCGAGCAGCAGCUCUGACGAGGUCGACCCCAUGGACCCUGACGAUCAUGAAGACCCAAUGCUCAUGACACCGCAGACCACGAAAUCAAGUAAUGUUCCCUUUGGAGGGCAGAAUAUGGGGAACUCUACAAACGCUUGGUCAAGCAUGUUCUCGCCAGGAGGAGCACCGAAUUUUAUGAGCAUACAGCGAGCCAGGUUGCGGAAAGGCCGGAGUCGGAAGAGCUCGAGCUCUGCGAGUGGGCACAGUUCGAUGGCUAGUCCUGGGCCCGGCUCGCCGCCAAAUGGGAAGGGCGAGGGAUACUUCGCGAGGGAGGCGGUGAUAAGGAAAGCGGGGUCUCGGCGGGAAAGCCUCUCGCUGUUCACAAAUGACCUCCACAUAUCUUCUGGCAACGACAGCGGCGAUGAAGGAGCCGCUAUACCUCAGACGCCAGGCGUUGUUCGAAGGCCUGUGACGCGGCGGGGCAAUCUUCUGCCAAAAUCACGGCAGUUUGGACGCAUCAAGGCUGAGUUGUUGGAGGAGUCAGCGCCAAUUGACAGCGAGUUUCGACGCGAAGCCGAAAUCAUCCGUCAAGUACGGGAAAGCGACGUCGAUUUCGAACGGCCCCCAGCCACAGCCCACUCCUCCCCCACUCUCUUACCAACAGUGCCCGGACUGGAUGGACCUCUCGAAGGGGUGCCGGAGGAAGGGAGUGAGAGUGGGAUGAGUCUGGAUAGCUCUACUGCGAAAGGGCUGUUUGCGGCGUUCAAUAUUGGCGCUGUGAGGAAUUCUAAUGGACGGGGUUAUUGGAAUCAAGACAACCCGGCACAAACACCGCCACCCUCAUUUCCCCGCGCUGGCUCGUCAGCUGUUAGCGAGGAUGUGAAUAUGGACUCGCCCACCGUUUCGUCAACUUCCACGUCUUUACCUGCAGCCAGCGCCAUCGCUGUCGCAGAGCAGAACAACAAUCACGGAUGGUUUUCGAGAUCGUCGACGCCCCAGCCAAUGGUACCGCCGACCGCAGCGGAUGGACUCAAGAAGUCGAAUAAGCGACGGCGCGAUGAUGACCUUGAUGGCACUUCCAUCAAGCGACGCGCCGUCUCUCCUGGAGUGAGUGUGCAGAACAGUCCAGUGUUGUCACAGUCUCCUGCGAAUAGAGAUGGGAGCCUGUGGGGUUCUGCAGCAAAAGCGAAUAGAGAAAACUCUGGGGGAGGUCAUGCCGCGGGGGAGAGAUCGAAUAGCGGGGGAAGUGUUAGCAUGACGCCAUCCCUGGGCCCGAAGAGGAUCGGACUGCAAGGGAUGACGGAUACAAGCGACGGCCUUAUGAAGAUGAGUAUAGAGUGAGAUCUGUCGUAUUAUUGGCUUCUUGUACUAAUACGUUGGGAUGGUUGCUUGAGCGUGAUGUUCUCGGAUUGGACAAGAAAGGGUCGUGGUGAACAAAGUGGUCUGGCGAAUCUGGAGAGUACAACGGCCCAUGGCUUUUCAUAGUAAUCCCUGCAAUAUCGAAGGCGAAGACCUUAACCAAUAAUGAAUUCGAGCUUCG